AUGACUGAAUCCUCUUCCGGUGUGCGCUCCCGCGCGACUGGUGCCUCGAAGAGCAACAGUAGCAGUAGCGAUACUCAAACGUCAAAGAAUGCCAAAGCCGGUCGAUCAAACUUUUCUUCCGCCAGACUGUCCGGCAAGUCUCUCGACCGAAUCAUCGCCGUCAGUAGCUUCAACCACUGGGAAGAUAGUGAAACUGUCUGGUGGUGGCUCACCUUCAGCGCCAUCACCAUAGCCGCAUUCGCCACCAGACUGUACCGAAUUCACCUGCCAAAUCAUGUUUGUUGGGACGAGACUCACUUUGGGAAGAUGGGCAGUUGGUACAUCAACCACACCUUCUUCUUCGACGUUCAUCCGCCCCUUGGAAAGAUGCUCAUUGGCCUGUCCGGCCACCUGACUGGCUACAAUGGAACGUUUGCCUUCAACAAGCCAGGCGACAGCUACAAGGACCACCCCAUCCUGGGCAUGCGACUCUUUUGCGUCCUCCUGGGCACGCUCAUUGUGCCUUUCUCCUAUGUGAUCGUCUGGAAUCUCUCCCGCUCAAUUAGCUCCUCAGUGCUCGCCUCCUCAAUGCUGCUCUUUGACGUCGGCAUGAUCACCCUCUCGCAGUACAUUCUCCUCGACCCCAUCAUGAUGUUCUUCAUCGUCGGCUCGACCAUGGGCAUGGCGCUGUUCAAGUCGCGGGGCGCCGAGCGGCCCUUCACCCUCUCCUGGUGGUUCUGGCUCGCCUGGACGGGCUUCUUCCUCGGCUGCGCCAUCAGUGUCAAGUUCGUCGGCCUCUUCGUCGUCGCCCUGGUCGGCCUCUUCACCGCCUACGACCUGUGGCGGCUGUACAGCGACCUGGCGAACAGCCUCCUCACUGUGGGGCGGCACUUUCUCGCGCGCGCCCUCUGUCUCAUCCUCCUGCCCGUCCUCCUCUACACCUUCUUCUUCUGGGUGCACCUGGCGGUGCUCUACCGCUCCGGCAACGGCGACGGCUUCUACAGCUCGGCCUUCCAGUCGACGCUGGAGGGCAACUCGCUGCACAAUGCCUCCAUGCCGCGACACGUCGCCUACGGGGCGGUGAUCACCGUGAAGAACCACCGCACGGGCGGCGCCUACCUCCACUCGCACUGGCACCUCUACCCGGAGGGCGUCGGCGCCCGCCAGCAGCAGGUCACCUCGUACUCGCACAAGGACGACAACAACCGCUGGCGCAUCAAGAAGUUCAACGAGGAGUCGACGGCCGACGGGGAGCCCAUUGAGUUUGUGAAGAACGGCGACCUGGUCCGCCUGGAGCACACCGUCACCGAGCGCAACUUGCACUCGCACCAGGAGAAGGCGCCCGUCACGCGGAAGCACUACCAGGUGACCUGCUACGGGGAGAAGGGCCUGGGCGACGCCAAUGACGUCUUUCGCAUUGAGUUCGACAGCGGCAAGGUGGGCGAGCGGCUGGAGGCGGUGAAGACGCGCUUCAAGCUGGUGCACUACCUCAUGAACUGCGCCCUCUACUCGCACAACAAGCAGCUGCCCAAGUGGGGCUUCGAGCAGCUGGAGGUCACCUGCACGCCCAACGUCUACGAGACGAAGAACACGCUGUGGAACGUGGAGGACAACCACUUCCCGCGCCUGCCCAACGUCAGCGUGGUCGUCUACGCGCCCUCCUUCCUCGAGAAGUUCAUCGAGUCGCAUGCGGUCAUGUUCCAGGGCAAUGCCGGCCUCAAGCCGAAGGAGGGCGAGGUGACCUCGAGGCCGUGGCAGUGGCCGAUCAACUACCGGGGCCAGUUCUUCUCCGGGAACGACUACAAGAUCUACCUGCUGGGCAAUCCCAUCAUCUGGUGGCUCAAUCUCCUGCUGCUCUUCCUCUACGCGGCCAUCUGCCUGGUGGUGCUGGUCCGCCAGCGGCGCGGCUGCUCGGAGACGUCGUACGUCGCCGCGGAGAACGCCCGCUUCAUGUCCGCCUCGGUGUGGCUCUUUCUGGGCUGGGCGCUGCACUACUUUCCCUUCUACGGCAUGGGUCGCAUCCUCUACUUCCACCACUACUUCCCCGCGGCCAUCUUCAGCUCCAUGCUCUCCGCCGUCAUCGUCGACUACCUGCUCAAGGUGGUGCCCGUCCUCCUUCUGCACGUCAUUCGCCGCAGACGAGAACGAAGAGGAGGAAGUGACGAGGUGAAGGAGGAAGAGCAGCGAGCGCUCACCCGCUACCGGAACGCCCGCCUGCUGUACCACCUGGUGUACAGUGUGCUGCUGUCUGCGCUGGCCUACAGCUUCUACCUCUUUUCGCCGCUCGCCUACGGCAUCCUCCGCCUGCCCACCUCCUCCACCACCACCAAUGGCAGCUCCACCGGGGACUCGUUGCUGAUGGGCGCCGCCUCGCAGCUCGCCUCGAACAUGUCCACCAGUGAUGGUGGCGGCGGUGACUCCACCAGUGCGCCCUCCUCCGAGUCCUCCGUCGACUACAGUCAGGAGCGGUCGAUGGCCUCGCUGCGCUGGAUGGAGUCAUGGGAGUUCUGA